AUGACCAUUGAACAACCACCUCUCGCUCCUAGCACCGAACAAGCAGCAUCCCCAGCCCCCACAACAACCACAACCAACGCCGCCGCACCCACAACCGCGCCCGCACCGGCAUCCGCAACAACGCCCUCCAACGCACCAAGCCCCAGCCUAGCCGCCGCCGCCGCCACCACCGCUACCACCGCACCACCCGCCCGUACCGGCACGCCCCUCCGCGCAACCAACAGCCAGCAAGAAACUAAUUCCUCCUCGCGCGCCGCCUCGCAGCACCCGGACCCGGGGUUCACCAUGCCGGCCGAGGCCCCUCCCCACGGCGCCCCCGUGCGCCAGUACCUCAACUCCAAGGUUACGGGUCCGUUGCUAGACGGUAUGAAGAUGAUUGCCAAGGAGCGGCCCAAGGAUCCCUUACGCGCUCUAGGCGAAUACUUGAUCCAGCGCUCCAAGGAGCUCGAGUCGACAACGUAG